AUGAGCGCUACAAUUGACACUCAGACCCGCCCUGCAAGCCGCAACGACUUUACUACGGCUAUUGUAUGCGCGCUCGCCGAAGAGGCAACACCGGUUCAAGCGCUGUUCGACAAAAAUUUCGACAGGUAUUCCAAGUUUUACGGUAGAGUCAAGGGGGACAGAAAUGUUUACUUUAACGGCCUACUCGGGGGUCACAACGUCGUACUUUCAUACCUCCCAGACAUGGGAACACGUGGUGCUGCGGCCACUUUGGCAAGCCUCCGAACCUCGUACACCGAACUGCAACUCGUGCUGGUAGUUGGCAUUUGCGGUGGUGUGCCCUCUGGCCCAAACCCGAAGUCACCUCAGAGAUACCUCGGCGAUGUUAUCAUUGCGGAUAAGCUAUUCGUCUAUGGCUACGGCAAACAAACCCCAGGCGAGUUCAAAUACACAAACCCGUUUCGGACUCACAACGACGAGGCCAAGGCUCUCCUGAAGAGUCUUGAGGGCGAAGAUAACCUGGCGUUCUUUCGAGAGCAAUUCGCCGCGACAGUGAACGAUCUGGUGAACAAUCGGAAAGCCUGGUGCGCCCCGGAUGCUAAGACCGACGUCGUUUAUAAGCCGUCAUAUCAUCACAAGCACCGUGACGGGCAUGCCCACGGAUGCAGCUGUUCCGCUGCCGAUGCAAUCUGCGAUGCAGCUACAAAAACGAGCUGCGAAGAACUCGAAUGCGCAGAGUCUGCAAUUAUACGCACUCGGGCCGAUGUGGAGGAUGCAAAUAUCUUCAUUGGACCUAUGGCGUCCGCUGACACUGUAAUGAGAGCGGGCGAGACUCGGGAAACACUGGCCGGGAAAGGCGAGGUAAUUGGUUUUGAGAUGGAGGGUUCAGGGGCAUGGGAUGGCACGGUGCCCUGUGUCAUUGUGAAAGGCAUUACCGAUUAUGCUGACAGUCACAAGAAUAAGAAAUGGCGGCUUUACGCUGCUGCGACUGGUGCUGCAGCCGCGAAGACCUUUCUGGAUCAUUGGAGUGUUCAGACAAAAUCCCGUAGAAGCGAAUACUGGAUGGUCUCGCCCGAUAGAAACGUGGAUUUCGCCGGGCGUAACGCUGAAAUUGGGCAACUCAAGGAGUCUAUAUCCUCGCCAGACGGCCCAAAAGUCCUAGCAAUGUAUGGGCUUGGAGGAAUAGGCAAAACUCAAAUAGCUCUCGAGCUAUCCUACCGAAUGAAAAGUGAACUUUCGGUUUUCUGGAUUCAGUGCAGUAGCAUCGAGAACAUCGAGAAGAGCUACAUCGACGCCGCAGAGAUGCUGGGAAUGGUCGAUGUCAACUCAGCGCAGGCAAAAGAGACUGUAAACGUCUGUCUCAGUAACCGUGCCACCAAAUGGCUUUUGAUCCUCGACAAUGUCGACGACCUCAAUACGUGGGCCUACCUCAAACAAAACCUCCCCUUGAGAAAAGAGUGGCGGAUUCUCAUCACCACUCGCAACGGGAACCUGGCUGCGCAAACAGCGCGCUCACAUGUCUUGCGGGUUCACGAGCCAGGCAAGCAGGAUGCAAUGGACAUUUUGAGCAAAAGGCUGAUCCCGGAAAUACGGUUCUUGUUGGAUGACAAAGAAACGGUCCUUGCUGUUCUUGACCGGCUUGAAUCACUGCCACUGGCCCUCGUCCAAGCCGCGGCGUUCCUGAAUGUGAAUAGGAAGUUUACACUAGCAAAUUAUCUGGAAAUAUUCAACCGACAGGAGCCAGAGGUUGUGGAAUUUCUAGGCAAAGACUUUGCGGACCACGGACACGAUGGCGAUGGCUCCAGCCCCGUUGCCACCACAUGGCUUGUCUCUUAUCGCCAGCUCAUGAAGAUUAAUGACACGGCGGCCAUAUUUCUACGCAUUAUGGCUUUUGUUGACCCUCAUGAUAUCCCCGAUAGUUUCCUCCCAGCAGAUGGGCCUAUCGACGAAGUGCCCGCAGCUUUAUCGCUCUUAGCAGCUUUCUCUUUUAUUACCACAAAACGCGGCCGUCAAGAUUGCUCGACUAUGCAUCGCCUCGUACGUCUUGCAACUCGGAGUUGGGCGCGGCAAGACCGGGAGUUCCCAGUAUUUCUGGAAUGGGCUGCAGAUCGACUUGAAGAAACUUAUUCUAGCACUGAUGAACGCUCAAGAAGACAGUAUCUACCUCACGCAAUCUCGUUAAUAAGCGAGAAUGAGUUUGAUGGAGCUAAACACCCUUAUCUACUUCAGAGAACAGCAUACGGGCUAUCUAUGGAUCAUCGGAACGCCGAAGCUCUCGAACUUUAUACUAAACUUAUGUAUAUCAACAAAACGGAACUUGGAGACCGGCAUCCCGACACCCUGCGCAGUAUGGCUUGCGUCGCAUCUGAACACCAAUCAUUGUUCCAAUUAGACGAGGCCGAGAAGCUCGGGAUGGACGCAUUCACGGCAAGCAAAGAAGCACUCGGGCCAAAUCAUCCUGACACCAUUUUCACUGCUUAUGUUAUCUCGGCCAUAUGCAAAGUGGCGAAUAAGCACGAUAAACUGCUUGAACUGCACCCACAGCUGGUGGGUAUCCUACAGAACACCACCGACCUCCACAUACCGGGCUCUGUACAGAGUGUGACAUCUAUUGCCAAUUCAUAUAUGCAAGAGGGGAGAUUGAAGGAGGCAGAAGACCUCCUUUCAGUUAAUCUGAAAACUCACCGGGAAACUCAUGGGAUGAAUCAUUCCGAUUCCCUGGGAUUCAUGAAGGAUCUGGUACGCCUAUAUACAUCGCAAUCCCGCCUACAGGAGGCCUACAAGAUGAUUACAGAUAUCAUCAAAACAUGUAAUCAUGACUAUGACCUCUAUCCUCGCCUACUGAUUACAUCUGAGAUCAAUAUGGCGAAUAUUCAUGUAAAGCUGCAGGAAGAGCAACAGGCAGAGGAGGUAGCCACACGGGCAGUCAAGGAAGCAACCGAGAGACUUGGCCCACAAGACGCUGAUACGUUGCAUGCUAUGGCCGCAUUAGCAUCAGUGCAUCAAUUGCAAGAACGGUGGGAGGAUGCAGAAAAUUUACUUCUAGCGGCACUAGAGGGCGCCAGAGAAAAGCAUGGAUCUAACCAUUUCCUCGUCUCAACGGCCAUUAUGCGCCUCUCAGAUUUGUACUGGAACCAAGGCCGAUGGGAAGAUGCGACAAAAAGAAAAGACGAGGCGAUCAAAGUCUUAACGAGGGAGGAUGAGCUAGGGCCAAAUAACCCCCAGACUCUAGAAAACAUAUAUCGGUUUGUCCUGAGGGGAACCACCCCAAACGAUUAUUAUCUACAGCUAAUGACUCGGGUUGUGGAGCGGGCCAACAACGUCUUAGGACCAAACGACCUGAAAACGAAAGAAUAUACAUCCUUUCUUUCAUCCUUGCAAGAGAAGAUCGAUGCUGGGAAAGCUACGGCAGCUACACCGGCUUCUACUUCCGAAUUGUCAUUGCCAGAGAGAGGCCGACGUCGAGACAGGUUCAAUAAGCUUUUUGGCAAAGCUCGACAAGCACUGCGGAGCUCCAACAGACUGUCUAGUGAGCGCCGCUAG